AUGGGGAUGAUAUCUCGCAGGUCUAUCAUUAUCUUUUUCUUUACCAGUCAAUCUCCCCGUCAAGCUUCAAUCCCACAAAUUUCUAAGCUUUUUUCCCAUCAAUUUACAGUGCACUCCUAAAGAAGUCUAGCGAAAGCACCAGGCCUAUCUUAACUAUUAUCGUGGGAGCUUUUUCUUUGUAUUUUUUGUAAGAGCUUCUAUCUCCAGGACAUGUGAUUGCAUGCUCUUGGAUGGAUCCACAGUCUUUAAAUUCUCGUGCUCUCCUUAAUCCUUGACCAAAGCUUAAAUUUGCAGUUCAACUUGUCCCGCCCAUUUUCUGUCCAAUAUCAACAUGGAGAUUAUUGACGGCAUAAGAUCCUCUGUGUUUGACCACCCCUCGGCACGUCCCGUCUCAUGCUUCUCUUCUAGCUGGUGGGGUUCUUAUGGAAACAAAAGGAUUACAUAUACUUUAUUCUGGCUUGCCCAUGAGCUUCCAUGCAUAUUGGCCCGGGAUGGUGAUUCAUUCAAGCUUUUGACUUUUAAUUCCCAUCUGCUCUUCAUUGGUUCACAUGCACCUCAAAUGUACCAUUUAUACCCUAAAUAAGGCACACAUUUUAGCUUGUGAUUUUUGAAGUUCCCUCGCGGCUUCAUGCUUCCAGGCCUCUGCGGCACAAAAUCCUCGUGGUGUUGAGUUACUACCGCUGUGGAUUGGUGUGUCUUAGUCUUAUCUCUUAUUGCGAAGAUUAUGGGGUGAGACUGAUGAGGUACUGUAUUGAUCACGCCUAACCUUGAUUCAAACAGUGAAAUAAAACCCCCGCAUUUUUAUCCGUGGAGCCGUCUGUUCGCCACCCUUCCCUCCCAUCUGUGGGUGGAAUUAUAACCGAUAUCUCUAAGUUAGACGAGGGGUGGGUAUUCACUACAGAUAUGGUACGUCGGAGGCACCACGGAUAAAUCUUGUUCUGGUAUUUAUUUUGGCCAAGAAAAAAGUUUUCUGAGUUCUUGUCGAGAACCGUUAUUCUGUUGGAUAAUCAAUUCCAUCCUUCCAAUUUUUCUUUCCCCCUACAGGGCAUCACUCUCCGACCAAAGUAACUAGUCGCAUUCACAGUUGGGUACGCGCAGAGGGAGAAUAUCAACAUGGCGGUAAAGAAGGUGACUUUGGAGCUCCUCAAACAAGUCUUGACUAUCCUGAAAAAAAAUGCUUCAUUUGAAUUGGUUUCUCUCCAGUUUUGGAAGAGUUUCACGAUCAUGCUCUUCCAUUACGAUGGACGGGCGAGAAAGUGGGACCAAUUCGAGUGGUCAAAGCACGGAGUUCAUGUCAGCGUGAGUAGACAAACAAAAUGGUCGGUAUCUAUUUUACUCCCGACCACUUCAGACGCCAUUUUCUGGCCUUGAAAUACUCCACCGGCCGUCGUUGCGAUGCCCGGCAUCAUCGUCAUCCUCAUCGAUUGUCAGGUGGUACGCGAAGCGAUUCUUGCACCCAGAUGUUGUCGCUGUUAGAAACUCGUCAGAGAGACGACGGCAGUUAAGACGUCGCCGGCGAGAUCACCUCACGAGUUACAAGAAAAACCCAGCAGGAGGAACAAGGAAGACUAUCUCACUACUAUGAAAAACUCUUACAGCCCUCUUUAAAUAAGAAAACAAAGGAGAAAGAAAUAACCGUAAGAAAUAACUAAUUUGCUAAUAACGCGCAUCAUGCAGAAAAUUCUGCAUUACCGCUUUGUGCGUUGACGUGUUCACGUCAACGCACUUCUCACAUAACCGCACUAUGCCGUUAUGCGAGGGGCCACGUGCAAGGCUCCCGUUCACAACAAUCUCCUCCUAAGCCUUGCUGUACUUUCCACGAACAUCAACGAGGCCAAUCUUAGCGCGAAACUCAUGGAACUUGACUUUUCCGAGUGGCUUCGUCAGAACGUCUCCUAACUGUUCUUCACUCUUGAUGAACUCCACGUUGAUCUGACCCUUUUCUGCAGAUUCUCGGACAAGAUGAUACUUCACUUCAAUGUGUUUGCUGUGUCCAUGGAGAACUGGGUUCUUGAUCAACGCUAUGGCAGACUUGUAGUCCACCUUCAGCAUCGGCACGCUUGGUGCUGAGCCAUGCACCUCUGCUAACACCCGAGCGAGCCACACACCUUGGCAGGUAGCAUUGGCGGCCGCAAUGUACUCUGCCUUGCAAUUAGACUGAGCCACCACCUUCUGUUUCAUCAACUGCCAAGUAAUUGGGCUGUUGGCCAAGAAGAAAAUAACUCCAGUCGUGCUCUUCCGAGCAUCAACAUCACCAACAAAGUCACUAUCACUGAACCCUGUCAGUUGGACUUGCUCCUCCUUCUUUCUUUCAUACUUGAGACCCCAGCUCUUGGUUCCCGCCACAUAGCGGAGAAUUUGCUUCACAGCAGUCAAGUGAUCCUUUCGUGGCUCCUCUAGAAAACGACUCACAUAGCCAACAACAAAUGCUAAAUCUGGACGAGUAUUGACCAGGUACCUGAGAUUCCCCACGAUGCUUCUGUAUGCUGUCGCAUCCACCAGCGGCUCCGUGCUCCUCUUGCUCAGUUUCAGACGUGUUGCCAUUGGUACUUGACAGGGAUUGCACCCUGCCAUCCCACUCCUUUCCAGAAUCUUGGCAGCAUAGGCUCCUUGGCUGAUCGAGGUGCCCCUCGCGCUCUGCCUGACUUCAAUACCGAGAUAGUAGUGAAGCAGGCCGAGGUCGCUCAUCUUGAAUGCGUCAGCCAUCUCUUUUUUGAACUGCUUGAUGUCGUCGUAGCUGGCGCCGAUGAUCACCAGGUCAUCGACGUACACCCCGACCACUAGCUGUGCCUCCCCGUUCCGCCUGGUGUAGAUGGCAUGUUCCGAGGGACUCCUCCUGAAUCUGAACGACAGCAGCGUUUCGUCCAACUUUGCGUUCCAGGCCCUAGGCGCCUGAUGUAAGUCGUAGAGUGCCUUCUUCAACUUGAACACCUUGUGCUCGUUGCCCGUGCUGAUGAAACCGGCCGGCUGCUCCACGUACACCUCUUCCUUGAGAUCGCCAUUCAAGAACGCCGACUUGACAUCCAUGUGGUGCACCUCCCACCCCUCGUGCGCCGCGAGAGCAAUGAAAAGGCGCACCGUGUUCAGCCACGCCACAGGUGCGAACACCUCGUCGUAGUCGAUCCUCUGGCAUUGCGCAUAGCCCUUCACCACCAGGCGCACCUUGUACUUCGCCACGGCUCUGUUUUCAUCCCGCUUCACCUUGUACACCCACUUCAACCCGAUCGCCCGGCGACCAUGUGGGAGGUCUACCAGGGUCCAGGUGCGGUUCUCCUCGAUCAACGCCAUCUCCUCCUCCAUAGCCUUCCUCCAGCUCAGGUGGCUCUCUACUUCAGCAAAAGAGACCGGCUCAUCAGAACUUACAGCGUGCAGCUCCUCUGCAAUUAACGCCCGCGACGCGAGACCACGUGGCGAGGCCAGCCCAACGAUGUUGUCGAUCUUGCGGAACCGGAGUGGUGCAUCAUCGUGAUUAGCAUCUAGGUGGUCGAUGUGGACACUCGGUGGAGAGGCGAACUCCACCUCCUCUCCUCCAUCUUCGAUCAGCGCUGCUCCCCCACUGUAGUGUACGAACGGUGGCGACAUCAGCUCCAGUCCCAGCGCAUCAUCAUCAAGUACCUCGAUGGCGCCAUCGAGCUCCGGAGGUACCUGGUUCCCGACGGCAUACUCCAAUGUGAACAUAUCGUCGUGGCUGCCCGCAUCCCCUUGCUCCGUGCCGCUGCCCCAGUCCCACUGGGUAUUCUCGUCGAACACCACAUCCCGUGUCAGAUGGACACGCCUCAUGGUGGGAUCGUAGGCUCGGUAGGCCUUUGAUCCGUACUCAUAGCCGAUGAAGAUCAUCUUGCGGCCGUGGUCCUCCAGCUUCUUGAGAUGCGGUGUCGUGUUCAAGACGUAGGCGAUGCAUCCGAACACCUUCAGAUGGUGCACCGCCGGCUUCUUCCCGUGCCAUACCUCGAAAGACGUCAUGCCGUCCACGCUCUUUGUCGGACACCGGUUCAGGAUGUAUACAGCAGUUGCCACUGCCUCACCCCAAAACCAGCCCGGCAGCCCCUUUGCCUUGAGCAUGCUCCUUGCGGUUGCUACCACCGUGCCGUUCCUGCACUCGACGAUGCCAUUCUGCUACGGGCUGUAUGGCGCCGUGUGUUGACGAUGAAUACCUUCUCCCGCGCAAUACUCUGCGAACUCAUGUGAGGUGAAUUCGCCACCCCGAUCAGUACGAAGCGCUCCCAGCUUCAGUCUUGACUCGCCUUCUGCCCGAGCCUUGAUCUCCUUGAUGGCCACCGCAGCACGGUCCUUUGAAGGCAGCAUGGCCACCCACAUGUACCGGCUUCGAUCAUCCACGAGCAGCAGGAAAUACUUGCUGCCGUUUGGCGUUUCCGGCGCAAUCGGACCACAGAGGUCACUGUGCACCAGCUCCAGAACACGCCGCGCCCGGUACUCUCCCUGUUGGGGGAACGGUGACCGCUUCUGCUUGCCAGCGAGACACGCCUCACACAGCUGGUCCACCUGACCAACUGCCGGCAACCCGCGCACCAGCUCCUCCCGAGCCAUCUUCCGCAGCGCGGUCAUGUUGACAUGGCCGAGGUGCGCGUGCCAUUUCCAAGCUUCUUCAACUGCCCGCGCCUCCAGGCACACCUGCCGAACCAGCUUGGCGUGGAGAAUGUACAGCCGGUUCUCUCCGCGCAUGACCUUUGUCAGGAGCCGUCCGCCUGGCUCAUGGAUCUUCAUCGCCCCCUUCUCGAUGUCGAUAUGGUACCCGGCCUCAUCGAGUUGGCCGACGCUGACGAUGUUCGUCGUCAGUCGGGGAAUGUAAUACACCCCCGCGAAGGACCGGUGCUCGCCGUUCUUGCACAGGAACGCGAUUGCCCCCCGGCCUUCAAUCCGCGCCACCAAGUCGUCGUCGAACCGCACCGUCCCAAGUACCUUCGUGUCCAGCUCGGUGAAAACCGUACGGGAACCCGACAUGUGGUUCGUGGCGCCCGCGUCCACGACCCACGCCUCCUCAUCACGCAGCUCCUCCUCUUCAAGGUGGGCGAACACCUUCUCUUCCCGCAGAUGGAUCUGGGUCUGGGCGCCUGGCUUCUUCUCUUCUUUGGCGGUCCCUCCAUUGACGGGGACCCCUUUUGCUCCCGGCGGCGGUGGGCUUGCACGCCGGAGCCGAUCCUCUGCCUGCGGAGUCUUAGCAAAACGUGGUGGAGUGGAGGUUGGUGGCGGCGCCGUCGAUAUGGCCGUCGUUGACUUCACGAGAAGGAGCGAGGCCUCCUCCUCAUUUUGGACGACGUGGGCCUGCUCUUUCUUGGGCUUGGAGCGGCACUCGCGGGCCCAGUGGCCCAGCUUCCCGCAUCUCCUGCACUCAUCACCUCUGGGCCGGCCUGAGUUGCCCGUCAGGCCGCCUGAUGACGAGCCCUUGUCGCUGCCACGGCCGCGCCCGCGCCCGCGCCCAUGUCUGCCACGGUGCGUCACGCUGCUGCUACCUCCACCACCAGUUUUCUCAUCAUCACGCUUCCUCCGCCGUGCGUCCCACUCUUCCUCGGUCAGGUACAGCUUGCCGUCGUGGUGCAUAGCCGACGGUGGUUCCUCGAAGGCAUCCUCCGCCGCCUUGUGCCGACCCGUCAAAUCCGCGACGGUGAGCGUCGACACGUCAAGCAGCAUCGUGAUCGCGACCACGAUCUGCCUGAAACGCUGGGGAACACUGCGGAUUUUCUCCACUACCUGCAUCUCUUCGACCUUGUCGCCGAGGGUGUUGAGAGUCGACGCCAUGCUGUUGAGACCCAGCGCGUAGUCCUCAACAGACUCUCCCGCCUUGAACGUCGCCGAGUCGAACUGCCGCCGCAAGUUCUGAGCCGACGUCUUCUUUACGCGGUCAUCGCCGAUCCGCAUGGUGGCGAUAGCCUCCCAGGCCUCCUUGGCCAUCUCCUUGUUCGCGAUCACCGGCCAUGGGAGACCUAGUUGCAAUAGUGGACCUUGCAGCUCCAUAGCUUGAAGACCCUAAUCGAUUAUGUCUUGAACACCCACCCUCCUGCUGAUUUCAUACCUAGUUGCAAGACAUAGGGCAUAAUUAUUAUAAACGAAAUCAUGCUAAAUCCGGAUUACAUAGCAUGGGAGACCUAGUUGCGCAAGUAGGCGUCUCUCUGCUUGCGGAGAUCCAUGAAUCGUCAACAUUCUUGAUGCAUAAUUAUUUAUUUAUCUUAUAUGGGCAAAAAUCAUUCGGAAUGGCAUUUUCUUUGAGUUCAAGACAUAGGGCCUAAUAUAUAACUUAUUAUAAAUGCAGUCAUGCUAAAUCCAGAAUACGUAGCAUGGGAGACCUAGUUGCACUAGUGGAAGCGAGGAAAUGGGCAGCUGAUCGAUGUUGGAUGAGCUAUGAGCAUUAAAACACCCAUCAAACUGUUAUACAAAACCCUAAUGAAUGGUGCUUCCCCGACUUCUUUUUCGACUAUUAUUGAUCCAGGUUUGUGGAGAUUGAGCCCCGGUGUCAUCUAGGAACGCGUCGCGUUGCAUGUGGCACAUGAUUCAGGUCGUCCUCCAUCUCUCCAUCAGCUCGUCUCUUUGAUCUCACCACUCUGCUCCUAGAUUGUGCCGAUAAAUCUGCAUCUGUGUCUGCGGAAUGAUCUGGUUCAUGGAUGGGGCUUGGACUUUGUGUUGAGGAGAGGCGUAGAGGUCAGGUCCUUUUUCUUGCUUUAGCUCCCCUUGGUUCUUAUCGAAUGACCACAGAAUAUUCUUUCAAAUUUCUGACGACCAUUGGAGACCUGGACUUGUAGGCUCGGAUGCCAUUGUAAGCUCUUCAGAGGGAUAUGGCAAUGGGGUAGCAUUGUGAUAUGUUGUGAACGGGAGCCUUGCACGUGGCCCCCCUCACCCUGUUCGCAUAACGGCAGAGUGCGGUUAUGCGAGAAUUGCUCUAACGUAUACACGUCAGAGCACAUUGUGAGGUAAUGCGGAAUUUGGUAAUGUGGAAUUUCCUGCAUAACGCACGUUACUGGCCAGUUUUGGCCAGCUAGUUAUUUCUUACGGUUAUUCCUUUCCCCCUCUUUGUUUUCUUAUUUAAAGAGGACUGUAAGAGUUUUUCAAUAGCGAGAAAGUUUUCCUUGUUCCUCCUGCUGUUUUUCCUGUGACUCGUGAGGUGAUCUCGCCGGCGACGUCUUAACUGCCGUCGUCUCUCCGGCAAGUUUCUGACACGAUGCUCGUCGAUUCUUAAAAAUAGAAGUGCAUAGGGCCUUCUUUCUGCGGCCAUCGGCUGAUUCAUUCGUUAUGCUGCAGCCUCCUCACGAAAGGAUUGGCGUCGUCGACUCACAGUGGAUUGUUCAUCAACUGGUCCCCUCUCUGAAGCCAAGUGAGUCGAUUUCACUGUUCAUGGCUUAGAUUCCUUCAGGCGGCGGAUGAGAUUUUCUUGACGACGGUUACCUCCGUUGGAUUUCUCGGGGACGACCCGAGAAUGGGAGAGCUCCGUGGGAAGGGGAAUCGUUUCCCGUCUCUUGUUCAUAAAGGCGUGACCUAUACUAUCAUAAGAUCGUGUUUAGCUUUUGUAACAUAUGUGAUAUCGGUGUCUCCAUUUGUGUAAGGUUUUGCUUCGAUGAACCCACUUGGCUCUCCCUCCACCCGGUAGGUGAAAGAGAGGUGCAAGUACGAGUAGGCGCAGUUCCGAGCUCGGCUGAGGGCGGCGGAUAGCGCCUAUUCCGCAGGGAAGAGGACAUAA